UUUUUUUAAAUCUUCUUCUGUUGCUAUUUUAUAUUUCUAAAAGCUGAUUUGUGGUUUUCCUUGCAAUGAAUGGAUCAAAAGGCACAUUUUAAGAACCAUAAAGACAAAAACAAAUGCAUCCUUGGACGAUGGCUUUAAUUCCUUGGAAUGGAGGUCUUAGGCAUUGGUUUCCAAUGAUACGCUAGUAACCAUGUAGGACAUUAAGGAACACUCCCAAUAGUUGAAUAGCAGCAGUAAAAAUGAAAUCUUAGGGAUGAAUGUAGUAAGUUGUUUUUCUUUUCCUUAUUUUGCCUUCCUUUUAUGGUGGCUGAUUGGCCAAGUUAUGGAUUUUAGGAUUUGUAGUCAGCACAAGAGAGAGUUGACUCAGUUGAGGUUUUGCUCCUAUAUGUAGACAAGAAAAGGGAAGCUUGGGGGCCAUUCUGGGUACCAUGAACAAAUAUUUUGAAAAAUAAUAGUGAAUUACAUGGGAUUGUAAUGUGUUAGGUUGUAUGGUUGUGUUGAAUAAAUGAAGUAGGCUAGGUUGUGCUUGCCAGGGAAAAAAAAUCUCAUGGGCUAGAAAUUGUUUAAACGGAUCUGGUUGCAGGAUUCUAAAGACACAGUAGUGUAGAAAACUGAAGAGAAGAGGAAGGAAAGUAGAAGCAUACCAUAGGCAUCACAAAACGGUUGGAAAAACACCAGACUACUCCAAAGAACUUCAAAAACUGAAAUUUAGCUUAGCUGAUCUCAUUAAUUUGAAAGAGUACAUAGAUGUGUGAAGGUUCUUAUGUAAUUCUAAUUUAAUAGGACUUGGACUAUUUAUUUAGAAAUUAGAUAUUUUGAUUAGCAAAACCCAAUAUAAACCUGCUAAUUUUGCAAAUAAGAAUCUUACUUAUCAAAAAAAAAUUUGCAAAUAAGAAUCUAAUACCGUAAUUUGACACAGACUACUUUAAGCCAAUAUACUGCGAAUUUAAAACUGAUCAAAGUAACAUGAUUCUGAAAAAUUGAUAGAUUUUAAAUAACACUGAACCAGUAGCUAACCGACUUAAAGAGCAUAAAAGACUUGACUAUGUAAUAGUCUCAAAUGGGUUCCACCUUGAUAACUGACCAAUUUCCAGGAUUUCUUUCUCUUUCUAGGGCUUGGGCUUCCAAAAUGCAAAGCAGUUCCAUGAUGAUUGAUGCAUUAGAAUGGCCCCCCCCCCCAAAAAAAAAAAAAUAAAUAAAUGAUGAGCCAAUGUACUUAAUUUUGUAUUUUCGGUUCAUAUUUUAAUUUUCUUCUCCAGUACCAAGCAUCUCAUUCAAGAUUGCAUUGCAUACAAUCAAAGAGUCCGAUUCGAACCACACGUGAUCUAGAUUUGCUUGAGCAACCCACUCCAAAGCCUUUCUAAGGCAAACAGCUUCAGCUGAUGUUGCAUCCUUAGCUGGAAAUUGCCCAAAUACCAUAAUCUUCAAAAUGGUACCUGAAGAAUUGCGAAAGAUAGCACCUCCACCCGCUACUUGUAAAGAUGCAUGGAAAGUUGCAUCAACAUUACAUAUAAUCUCUCCCACCCCAGGAGGACACCAGCCAGAAGAAGGAAAAGAGGCAGGAUUAAACUGUUGCACGCCUAAAUAUUGUCUACCACCAUAUACUGGAGGGCCUCCAAGAUAAAGAUCGUAAAAUUCCCAAAAACUGCUAAUGGCCAGAUUUAGCACCUUGCACUCAUCCCACAUAUCAUCUUUAAACACUAGGGAAUUUCAACUCUUCCAUAUAUACCAACAGCUUGAAGCCGCCAAACCCAUUGCAUCCUGACUCAUAUCCACCUUCGACCAACACCCAACGAAGCUAGUCCACCAUUCCAUGAAGGAAUGCGAACAAGCUUUUGCAAAAUCCAAUAGGAGGGGCGACAUUUUCCAGAUUGAACAAAAGGUGCUCAACCAAUUUAACUUCCAACCCGCAUCGGGGGCAAACUGCCUCUUGCAACAGUCCACACCAAUGGAGAUUCACUUUAACAGGCAAAGCUGUUAGAACACCUCCAAGGAAAAAUUUUGAUUUUACCUUUAGCUUUGCAUUUCUAAAUGCUUUGCCAAAACUUAGAUGAAUCAACCAUGGCACUGGAACAAGCAGGGAAAUGCUUCUCCUUUCGCUUCGCUAAAUUAUGUGCCAAAUGGUACACUGAUUUUACUGUGAAAAUCCCAUGAGGAUCUGGCUCCCAAAUGAUCUUGUCAUGCGUAUUUGUUUUGCUAAAGUGAUAUUUACAAAUAUCAUCCACCACAGCAUCAACUCUCUAUUCCACUCUUUCUUUUGUGAAUCAAAAAAAUCCACCACUUUUUUGAGGAUAGUCAGAAGAGGGUGGUAUUGGAGCUUAAAAGGAAGGUCUGGCACCCAUAUAUCUUUCCAGAAAUGAACUGAUUCUCUAUUCCCAUCCAGCCAGUGUUAAUCUGCCUCCACAAGAUAUUGCGUGGAUAUAAUGCUCUGCCAGGCCCAGGAUGGGUUAGAUCCCAGCUUAGACUCCAAGAAAGAACAGUUAUGAAAAUAUUUGGUUUUAAAUAAACGGAAGGCUAAACCUUGAUUAAUAACCUGAAAGUUCCAGCCAUGCUUGGCCAGUCAUGCGUCAUUAUAGUUCUCAAGACUUCUAAAUCCCAGACCACCCUUUGCCUUGCCAGAACACAAUUGCUCCCAUCCACCCUAUUUAAUUCGGCCCUCCUCAUCCUUUGAUCCCCACCAGAAUCUACGAAUAAUUUUUGUUAUGGACAUGAUUAACUUUAUUGGCAAUAUAAAACAAGACAUCAUGUAGGUAGGCAAAACACUGAGAACAUCUUUAAGGACGACUCCCCUUCCUGCUUCAGAGAGAAUGGAUGAUUUCCAAGAUGCCAAGCGGGAGGUCUUGUGUUGUAAAACAAACUGAUAUACAUCCCACUUCGAUCGCCAAUCAAAGCUGCAUACCCAGAUGCACAUUCAUAUCUUUAAGGACGACUCCCCUUCCUGCUUCAGAGAGAAUGGAUGAUUUCCAAGAUGCCAAGCGGGAGGUCUUGUGUUGUAAAACAAACUGAAAUACAUCCCACUUCGAUCGCCAAUCAAAGCUGCAUACCCAGUUUAUUGGGUUCUUUAAUAGUGGCAGCUCUGAAGGUCUGGAAGUCUCUGAUGCAAACGUUGCUGCUAAGAGAAGGAAGAUAUGCAAGGGGGAAAUAGAUGGAGAAUUCACUAUUGGUGUAGAAAGUGAAAGUGUUGCUCCUAACUCCGGAGACACUGCAGGUAAAGCUUCUGCAGGUUCUUGUUUGUCCUCUGCAAAAUCAGAUACAAAUGUGGAAAGAAAUCCUAUUCUCUCACUUGUUAAGCUGACAAAGCGCGGAUUGGUUUUUUUUACCUUCCCUAUGAAUUAUUCUACUGAUGUUGUUGAUAUUUUGUCAAAUAUUAUUCAUUCUCUGGAAUCUGGAAUUUUGAGUUUUCCACUCUAAGUUGUUCACUUGCCUCCAUUUCUUUAAUAUACUUUGUUCUCCCUGCAUUCUUUUUCAUUAUAGUAUUCUUAUGUGUGAAUGAUCUUCUAAAUCAAGGUAUUCCAAAACUACAUUUUUGAGAUAUGCAAGAAUAUUUAUUAUGAAGCAAAAUGCUUUGUCCUUUAUCUCAUAUUUGUUUGUCCUUGCUUUAAGUAAGUCGUACAUGUCUAUGUUGCAACAGUAGUGCUACUUGCUGUCCAUGAAGUGGAGAUUUGCAUUGUUCUGGCUUCUAUCUAAACUAUGAGCACGACUGCAUGAGCAUACCCCAUUCAAAAAUAUUUUUGUUUUUUUGCUACCAUCUAAACUCAGAAGUUACUUUUUAGUUGGCCAAUCUAGGCAGGAGAAAUCACUAGAUCAGCAAACUACCUGGAUUAAUUUUUCUACAUGAAUUGAAGAUUUCUCCCUUGUUGAUUCGAUGCAUUCCUGCCACAUCAAUGCUUCAUAGCUCUUCUGCCAGUAGGUCUUUUUCUUUCAGAUCAAAUGAUUUAGUGCUUUGCUAUUUCAACUUCUUUUGAGUUGCUUCUCUUUUAUCAUUGAUUAGUGAGUGGUGAAAGCUUGGCUUUUUAAAGAUACAAAAUUCUGUACAUGAAACCUUGUCCACGAUAUUAACCUUCUUUUUGUGUCUCCUUAUUUUGAUGAACAAGCCUUUGCAUUUGGAUUCCCUCUGGCGAUCAUAUUCCUCUUUUUUAAAAGCAUUCAAAAAAAAAAAGGGGGCGGGGGGGGGAUCAAAAGAUCUCUCUCUCUCUCUCUCUAUAUAUAUAUGUGUGUGUUUAUAUAUCUCAUUUUCACUAUCAUCUCUCUUUCACAAGUGGUCUAGGCAUAAAACUUAUUACUAAUCCUCAAUCCCUCGCCUAAUAUUUUUUUUUUUGUUUUUUUUCCUUUUAUAUUGGAAGGCUAAUGUGAAUGUCAUAUUUAUUGGUUUUUUAUAUUCUCAUAUCAACUACAAUCUGAAAGUCUUUUCUGAAUAACCAUGAAAUUACUAUAGUGUAAAAAGGAGCAGCGUAUUUAUUUCAUAUAGUUUAUGACAGCCACCAUGAACGUCCCUUAAUUGUUUAUCAAGGCAUUCAAAGUGCUCUUCCCACCAAACCUUUUCCCUUGCGUUUUCCUCUUCUUUUUACCUUUCCCGCUGUGCCCUGAUACAUUCCUCAAAUACGUGUAGUAUUAUUGCUUGUAAGUUCAUAGGUAUCCUUUACUGCGUAGGACACACUUUUUUUUUUUUUGUCAAAAAAGGAUAUCUCCAUCUUCAAGUUUGUAAUGAUUUUACCUUUCCUUUUUAGUUUUGUGAAGUGUUAGUGCCCUAUAGAAAACACAGAUUUGGCAGACUUAAUGCCCAACGAUUAGUUGUCAUAUUAUCUUGAUCUAACUCCCCUUUAUAUUUCAUUACCUGCUUCCAUUUCAGACCCUUACACACCUUAUGUUCUACUACAACUCCUGUCACAUCCAUUUCAGACCCUUACACACCUUAUGUUCUACUACAACUCCUGUCACAUAUCAAGAUAAGGGAUCUGGCAUAUUACAAUUUAACUUUUUCUAUUUAUGAAAUUGAAUUUUGUGGUUGAGUUUGUGGUGAAUAUAGCUGUCUUUAGCUGAUCUUACUGAAUUUCUAGUGAAUGGCAUUUCUUUGGUGCGGUUGGUGUCAUCGCAUAUUCCCUGUCCAAGCUACUUGCUGUUUAAAUGAGAAGGAACUUCGUCCAGUGGUGUCAAACCUUGUUCUUCAGUUUGUGAAUAAUAAAGAAAACCAACUUGCACGGCCUAUAAAGGUAUGAGUUGAUUUUGUUGUCACUGCAGACAGUUCAUCAUUUAUAUAUACAGAUGCAUGUGUAAAAAUGGUUGAAGAGAGAGAAUGUGGUAAGUUAGCAUACAGGGAUUGGUGAAAUCUGUGGCUUAUGGUGCAUUUUCACAUGUCUGGGUUUAAUGGAUAUUACUCCUAUUAUCACCAUGAUAAGAUAGUUAACACAUUUUCUGUUGCCAUGUCUAUACUUGCUGUUAAUUAUAGGGAUAAAGAGGGUAUUGUGGAAAAUAGAAACAACCUGUACAUGUACUGAAAGAUCGUUUAAGCAAGCACGAGUUAUUUUCUCAUGUAAUUUCAUUUUUCUUUUUUCCUUUUUAUUUAUUUUUUUCCAGAUAGGUGACUCAUAUUAACGAUUACUAUUUUAUGGAAUUAGUCCAAAUGUUUGCUGAAGUUUGUUGUUACACAUGCUGCCACAAUUUUUAUAUGGGUUGCAAACAACAACAAUCAGUACUAUCUUUUUUUUUUCUUUUACAGGUGAUAAGAGUUUAGUUUAGUGGUGGUGAUAUUUUGGCUACACUAGAAUAACAUUUUUGUAUAACAUUGUAGUUUGCAGUUGGGUAUAACAGAAGAGGAAUUGAAGAGACAGGUGAAGAUUUAAAAAAAUACUUCAGGAGAUUCUGAUGCAUUCACUUUGUUAGAGAGCAACAAAUGCUUCGGCAUUGUAGCUGCAGCCGUUAAAGAUGCUGUAUCAGAUUCGGUGGUGGACCUGAAAUCUCCAGAGGUACAAAGGACCCAAGCUACGACAUAGUGAUAUAACCUUUUUCUUUCUCAUCGUAUUGUAGCAUGUACUGAUCAUAAAGGUUAGUGAUAUAACCUUUAUCUAUCUCUGGGGUACCCAUUGGGUCGUUAGUGGUUGCCAUCUCAGUUCUUCCGCACAACCUUGUUAGCACUAAGCCACGACUCUGCAUUAAGGCAUUGGUUUCCAAUAUGAAAGCAGGGAGUGAAAGGAAGAUUAAAUGAUGGUUCUAAGGUCAUAGAUUGUUCUCUUUGCAUAGAAGAGGACUCAAAAUCAAAUACCAUCUGUUGCUAUUUUCAGAAGGGGAUGGAGCUGUGCUUUUCGGCUUCUAUGGGUUUCCCUGAAACCUUGUUGAUCUUUAAAUGAGGAUGUGAUCAUAAAUGGUGCUGGAAGAUAACGGAGGUGCAAUUGCAUGAUUGUAAUUUCCCAUGUGUCUGCUUCUGCCAGAUUUGCCUUUUGGGUUGCAACUGAUUUUGCCCGUUCACUAGAUCCCAAAUUGCCAAUUGAUUUGUAGUUUUGUAGCUUCUCUUUAUGAGUUUACUUAUCGUUUUGACCUUUUUCAUUUGUUGGCCUGAUUUGGGCUCGUGACAACCACAGAAAAUUGAGCUCGCUAGAAUUGGUUUGUGAGUUCAUAAUAUAUAUAUAUCCGAGUGCUUGGAAGCCCUCAGCUAGUGUUUUAGAACAAGGAUUUCAGUUUUAAUAGCACUUUUUUUUUCUUUCUAAAUUAUAGGUGGAGAAGGCAAUGUUUGUUGAGAAUUAGAUUGCCAAUGAUAUCGGUGGAGAAGGCAAUGUUUGUUGAGAAUUAGAUUGCCAAUGAUAUAAAUUAUAGGUGGAGAAGGCAAUGUUUGUUGAGAAUUAGAUUGCCAAUGAUAUCAUUGGCAAUCUAAUCUCCACCUAUAAUUUAGGAAAGAAAAAAAAAAAUGCUAUUAAAACUGAAAUCCUUGUUCUAAUAUAUAUAUUCAUUCACCUAGUAGAUAACUAGCAAGCUCACAGUUUGAAAGUAGUUAAGAUGAGGGAAAUGAGAAAGGUGUGAAUUAAUACUUUUUUUCUUUUUCACAUUCUCUCUCCUUCAUUAUGGUAUUGAACUCCAUGUUUAUAUAUAAGGCCGUUUACCUGCUAACAUUCUUAACUUGGGACCCGAUGACAUGGAGCUAAAUGGUGAUGGUAUGCACAACAUGAAUGCACAGAUGUUAUAUGCAAAAAGGUUGUUGGGGAAAGUUGCAGUCGUAACUGGUGGUGCACGAGGGAUUGGAGCAGCCACAGCAAAACUAUUCGUGGAAAAUGGGGCUCAUGUCGUCUUCGCAGAUAUACUGGAUGAUCUGGGAGCCACUCUUGCUGAUUCUAUUGGAGGCCGCCACAUACACCGCGAUGUGGCCAAGGAAUCUGAUGUAGAAUCAGCCGUGGAGCUUGCAGUAACAUGGAAAGGCCAUCUAGACAUCAUGUUCAACAAUGCUGGCAUUUCAGGUCAUGAAUCACGUAGCAUAACCAAUCUCAACAGGGACCACAUGAAGGCCCUACGGAGGUUCCUUGGAAAGAGGGAUGUGAGCACUGAAGAAGUGAGUCGCAUAGUGGGUGAAAGUGCGAGUCUGCUGCGUGGGAGGAGCGGAAGACUGGAAGAUGUUGCGCAAGCUGUUCUGUUUCUAGCCAGUGAUGAAGCUGGAUUCAUAACAGCACACAACCUUGUUGUUGAUGGGGGCUAUACUUCGGCUGCCACUCAUAUGAGUUUCAUCUACCAAGGCCAAUAAAUCUGCAAAUUAAUCAAGAAUAACAUAAUUACCUAAUACUACUUAAGUACGUACUAUGUUAAGAUCUUAUGUUAAGAACACGCAGUUUGCAGACAUUCAUAAAAUGGUUAAUUACCACAUUUUCUCUGUUAUUAACAUCACAAUCUUUACCAACUUGAUUUUCAAAUUAAGUUGUGUGCAAAAUUAGAAAAUGAUGGUUUAGAAGGAAGUGAGUUUGGAAAGAUGGAAUAUUUUUAGUUGAGUGUUAAUCUCCGUGGGAGCAAUUUCAAUAUUCAACCCUUUGGGGUUUUAAUAAAAAUCGAGAAGGAAAAGGGAAAAAAUAGAUU